UUUGUCUGAAGAUCAAUGUUCACUUCACUCUGUGCGGAAGUAGACUGUAGGCUGCUGUACCGCUGAAGGAUUGUGAGAUUAAGUGUUUUGACUUUUCCUUCUUGUCCUCUGUUGAAAUGACUUUAAUUCUUCUAUUGUUUUAACCCUGCUCAAUGCACAGCAGUUUUUGGCUUUACACGUCUGUCUGGCAUGUCCUCGGACAGGACCGUGAGGAUGCAGCAGCUGCGAGUUGCGGUGGUGGGCGCGGGAGCUGCAGGUCUGUGUGCCGCACGUCACAUCUUGUCCCGCCCAGACACCUUCGCCCCACCCAUCGUCUACGAGCUCACGGAACACGUGGGCGGCACAUGGUUCUACGAGGAACGCACCGGUAGCUAUGACAACGGGCUGCCCAUUCACAGCAGCAUGUACAGAGACCUCCGGACCAACCUGCCCAAGGAGGUCAUGAUGUUCCCUGACUUCCCCUUUGACCCCCAGCUGCCCUCCUUCCUGCCACACCAGGAAGUGCAGAAGUAUCUGGAGAGAUACUGCCAGAGCCACUGCAUCACACCACAUAUUAGGUUCAGCGCUGUGGUGGAUGAGGUGAGCCCUGUGGUGACAGAGGGUAAAGGACCAAUGACGACGUGGGAGGUGACCUCACGUGACAAGUCUGGAUCACAGAACACUGAAACUUUUGAUUCCGUGUUCAUCUGCAGCGGGCACUACUCUGACCCCCACAUCCCAUCCAUCCCUGGGCUAGAGCGAUUUAAAGGCAAAGUGAUCCACAGUCACUCAUACCGCCACCCAGAGCCCUUCUCAGGUCAGUCAGUGGUAGUGCUGGGCGCUGGGGCCUCAGGACUUGACAUCUCACUAGAACUGGGUCGAUCCAACGCCCAGGUGACUCUGAGCCACGGUAAGCCCACCCUGCCCUUUCCUCUGCCCUAUGGAGUCCACCAGGCCACCCCUGUGGAGGAGAUCCAGGAGGAUGGGUCUCUGCGGUUCCAGGAUGGGUCCAUUACCCAGGCCCAGGUCCUGCUGCUCUGCACAGGCUACAACUUCAGCUACCCUUUCCUGGAGCCAGCCCGAUUGGGCCUGAAGGUUCAGGAGCACCUGGUAACCCCGCUCUACAGGUUCCUGAUGCCCCCAGCAUUCCCCUCACUCUUCAUCAUAGGCAUCUGUAAAAUAAUCUGCCCCUUCCCCCACUUCCACUGCCAGGUCCAGUUUGCCCUGGCAGUGCUGGAGGGCUCCGUGGCCCUGCCAUCGCUGGCUGAGAUGGAAGAGGAGGCCCAGGGAGAGAUGGCGAGGAAGGUGGAGAGGGGGGUGCAGCUCAGACAUAUGCUGAAGAUGGACAAGGAACAGUGGGGUUAUGCCCAGACCUUAGCUCAGACUGGAAGGUUUGCCCCUCUACCCCCAGUCACACAGAGCCUGUAUGAGGAGGUAUGGAGGCAGAGACAGGUUCACCCACAGAACUACCGGCAGGUGAACUAUCGACUCGUUAGUGACACACAGUGGGAGGAACAGGAACUGCAUGCUGUUGAAUGAGGAGGAGAGGAAAGUAGAGGUUAGGAAUAGGAUAGGAGGAGAGGAAAUGACUGAGUAUCCUUGGAUAAAUGGACAGAAUGAUGUAGGCCUUUCACUGAAAUGUUACUUUGACAUAAUUUAUUGUAAUGUAUGCAAUCCUUUAGAUAAUGUUAGUAGCCCAGCCUAUAACAAAUGCACCUCACCAGCUUUUCUUUCACUUAUUGUAAACAGAAAACAUGUCAUAUCUCUGUCAGAUUUCUCAAUAUUGAAUUAUUUGUAGGAUAUUUUAUAUCAAUACACUCCUUAAUGAAAUUUUCUAAAUGUAUUUCCAAUGCCAAAAUUGCCAAGCUCCAAGGAAAUAAAAAA